AUGUCAAACAGUGAAACUUCUGGUGCUGUUGAGAGUGAAACUGAGUGCCUGAGGAUACCUACAGAGACCAGCAUGAAGCAGAUCAAAAGCCAAUCCCCAGCUUACAUGAAGACUGUAAGUGUGAUAUCUCUAACAGUGCAAAAUGCAGCCCUUGGCAUUUGCAUGAGAUACUCCAGAGUUCGAGAUGUGAAGCUAUACAUCAUUGCAACAGCAGUCUUGAUGAGUGAGGUGGUAAAAUGCUUAGCCAGUCUCUUCAUGGUCUAUCGUGAUGAAGGAGACUUAUUUAGGUGGAAGAGAGCCCUCAAGUUAACAAUCAUUGAUGAUCCUAUUAACACACUGAAAGUUGGAGUACCAUCCCUCAUCUAUGUUAUACAAAACAAUCUUCUUUAUGUUGCAUCUUCAAACCUUGAUGUUGCAGUCUACCAAGUCACAUAUCAGUUGAAGAUCCUCACUGCAGCCAUGUUCACAGUCACAAUGCUGAACCGGCGCCUGUCUCGUAUGCAGUGGUUGGCUCUUCUCGUUCUAGUAGCUGGGGUUGCAAUUGUGCAGCUCUCUCAAGAGCAGAGUCGGAAGGUGACCACUCGAACCGAGAGUCCUAUGACUGGAUUCCUUGCUGCUUUGAUAGCUUGCAUUCUCUCAGGCUUCGCUGGUGUCUACUUUGAACGUAUCCUCAAAGGAAGUGAUGUUUCACUUUGGAUGAGGCAGGUUCAACUUGCCUUAUUAUCUAUACCCAUUGCCCUUGUCUCUGCCUUCAUUCAGGAAACAGAACAAAUCAAGGAGCAAGGUUUUUUUGUUGGAUAUGAUGCAUUCGUCUGGUUUCUCAUAGCCCUGCAGGCUCUUGGGGGUCUUCUUGUUGCUAUGGUUAUGAAGUAUGCUGAUAACAUCAUGAAAGGGUUUGCCACAUCCCUUGCAAUUGUGCUGAGCUGCCUUGCAUCUUAUUUCAUAUUUGAUGUGCCUCUGACAGUCAAGUUCCUUCUUGGUACUGUCAUUGUCAUGCUGAGCGUAUUUCUAUACAAUGGAUAUCCUGCAGAGCCUCCCAAAGCAGCUCCACACAUAGCCAAUACAUCCAAGGGCAACCCUGUAUAG